GUGUCGCUGGUACGCGCGCGCAGUGGGAAGGCGCUCGCGGUUUGAAAGCGGUGGGGGGCUGGGGCGGGGGCGGCAGCUUGGCCGGGUCCCGGUCCCGGUCCCGGUCCCGGUCCCGGUCCCGGUCCCGCGAUCUGUCUUCGUUUUCCUCACGGCGGCUCGGGAUGGCAGCGGCCCUGAAUCAUUUUAAAAAAGACUACAGAACAAGAUUCUGCCAUGGAGGAAGAAAUAAGAUUGAUGUACAGCCAGGUCAAAAUGUACUGCAACUCAUACAGGAUUGUUUUGAAAGUUGUGUCAGUGAUCUUACAAUAAGAUCUCCAAAUGCAGCUCGUUGCUCGACUCCUAUUGUCAGAAAUGAGAGGAGGACUUCAGUACAGAGCCAAGGGCCAAAGGCAGGAUUAACAAACUCUGUGAAAAGAGCCUCUAAUUCUGCAGAGCCCUUACCUGCAUCACCACUAAAACCAGUCAGCAGCAGAGGAUGGUCACAUGAAUCAUCCCUGAAGCCUGCAACAGAUGAUUAUGUAGCUGAUUCUAAAACAACAAAGUCUCCUGUGUCUAAAAGAGAAACAGAUAAUACAUUAAAAGAUGCUGAAGCCCUGUGCAAAAGUCAUGCUCUGGUUUUGGACCCUGCGGAUGAUCAUGGGUCUGUCGGAUCACCUAUCCUUGUGGAGGAAGUGAAUAGUUCUCCUGAGUAUAUAUUACACUUUGACCAAAAUACUCCUGCUGCAGUGAAGAGGCACGUGGAAGUUGAAAAUUUGGAAGGACCUCAGACUGGGAGAGAUAAGGUUGUUGUGCAAGGAACAGAACAUAUUGCUACGUCUUCUGUGCAAAAAGAGAAGACUUUCUCUUCAGUUGUCUUAGCAGCUGUAGCAACAGAAACGCCUGUAAAAAGGUAUUCAGUGUCAUUAUCACUGCCAUCACCUCCUCCUGUGAAGGAUCAAGAUAUAGAAAGUGAAUGUGAAUUUUUAAUCGAUGAAUCAGAUAGUAUAUCUGUUAAUUCUUGGUUUACCAGACCCCAUAAGAAUGAAAAAUCAAAAGAUGGCUCUGCAACUCCUGUUUCUAAAUCUCUGCCUUCUGAAAAGAAGGCAGAGAGCAAGAAAAGCAAGAACAGAAAAGUACGGGUUGAAGCGCUUACUAAACAGGAAAGGGGUGAUUUGGAUGUCGGAGUGCAUGACUUCAGAGGAACGUCAGAAUCAGAUCCAGUCUCUAACAGUGAAGGAAAGUUCCUUAAAUCUCAAAGGCAAAACAGUACUCAUAGGGGAAAGACUAAAAAGGAUGCACUUAAGCAAGGCUCUCCAAAACAGAAAAAGGACCUGUCCCGGAAACGAAAAGUCGAAGAACCGAAGUUGUCACAGUCUGGAUUUGAAACAGAAACAUCUGAUGCAGAACAAUAUAAACCAGUGGUGGUUCCAAGUGAGGAUUUGCUUAUGCCAUCAUCUGGGCAUCAGCAAGAACAGGCUGUGCCUCCAAAAAAGAACGGCAGGUCAUUCAGGUAUCUGCAGUUGGCUUCAAAAGCUUCCCAGAAGUCAGUUCACAAGAAACAAACUGCUAAACGGAAACUUCCAAAAGAUACAGUAGCUAACAGAGUGACAGAAAGUUGGAGGAAGAAGCUUAAAAAAGCUGUCAAGAAGAAUAGUAAUAAAAGGCCUCAGUUACAAAGAGAGGAGAGUUCCAACAGUGAAUCUGGUGAAGAGCAGCUUGAAAGAGAGCCUGUAAGGUCAAAGAAAGUCUUUUCCUCGCCCCUGAAUGAGGAAUUACAUACUUCUGUUGGUCAGAAUUUGUCUACAUCUGAAGAGCGUGAAAAUGUAUUGCAGACACUGGGGUCGUUUGGUAGUGCAAAUAAAACUUGUGUAGAAGCACUGCAGCAUCUCACAGACAGCGUGAAGAAAUCUGAAAAGAAACAAUCUUCAGCUAAGUCUUUAGGGAAGAUGCCUAAAAAGAUUAAUCGCAGUAAAGGUGUUUGCACGAACCGUAAGGACACUGAGUCUGAAAUGGAUUCUAACAGCUCUACUGUACAGAAAAUGGCAAGAAAAAAAAAGAAGCUAUCAGAUACGAAAAUAAAAAAUAACAAAAGAAAACAUAACGCACGACAUGGACCACAAGAUUUCUUUGCAACUGAGAAGGCUACGAGUCAUGAAAGUGAGCCUGUUCUAGAACAUUGUGGUAAGUUUGCUUCUGGAAGUAAGUCAUCUGAAGAGGCUAAUACAUUUUCAGAUAAUUCUGAAGACUGGAAUUGUCAAUUAAGAGAUCUGCUGUCAGACAACAUAGCAAGGCAUAAAAUAGUAAUGCCUUCCAACACACCUAAUGUUCGUCGCACAAAAAGGAUACGACUGCAACCUCUGGAAUUUUGGCGAGGCGAGCGUGUAAACUAUAUAAUGAGGCCUUCAGGAGGGCUUGUUAUUAAUGGAAUAGUGUGUCCAAAACCAGCACCUUGCAGGAAUAUUAAGUGGAGAAAUGGUCGUAAGAACAAGCAGAAAAGAGGUGAAACAAGAAGUGAGAUACCUGCAAGUUUGGAUCACGCCCUAGCUGAUACUUCUAAGCCAACCACUGUACUGGACCCAGUAACAAAUGAGGAAGUACUUCUAGAAUGUAUUAACACUGAAAGCAGUCACUCAUGCGUCUUCAAAGAUGAAUCGGUAGAAAUAUAUAAAAAUUUGAAUACAUCAGAUUUUGCCAUUGGUAGAUUGAUUCUGAAACCAUUAAAGGAAAAGGGUCACCAAUUUGUCCACAUGGAUACAAUAGCUUUCCAUAUUAUCUACGGCGAAAUUAUUGUUACCUUACAUAAGACAUCAUAUCAUCUAACUACAGGGGACUACUUCUAUGUUCCAGCAGGAAAUGGAUAUAACAUACAGAACCUUCUGAAAAAAGAAAGUGUUCUUCUCUUCACACAACUUAAAGACAGGUGAAGAACUUUCUGCAGAAGUUUGCUGAAACACUUUUCAAGCUUUUGUAUAUUUUGAAGUUCUCUUUACAUACAAAAAGUAUUUGAGCGUGCCCAGCUUAACAUUACAAGUUAAUACAGAGCAGCUGAAAUGAAUGAAGAAGAGUUCAGAACAAUACCAAAAGAACCUCAGUAGUUUGCUAUUAAACCGAAAUGACAUACUGAAGGGCCUCACUCUGCAUCAGUUACUGUUCUUGUGUCAUCCAAAGACAGAAGGAUAAAUGUGUAAAAUUUGUGGGUAAAGCACAUUGUUGUUCCAAAUUGUAUUUAUAUGCUUAAUGCUUUUAAAGUCACUUAGCACUUGAAAAAAUGUUGACAUCUUCAGCUAACAUCUGAUAGUCUUAAUGUCUGCCUGGUACAAACUGCUUAGAAUAAUGUCUUUUUAAAUGCAGGAGCAUGCUGUUCUCAUUCCAGUAAUUGUUGUCUAGGAAAUGGGCUGCUAGAAUGCUUCUGUGCUGGGUCCAGCCGCCUUCUAGUGUGUUAAUGACAGGUGUUUCUUCCUUGUCUAGCAGAUGUAUGAUUAGUGCCUCAAGUUGUAAAAUGGGAGCUCUUAAGUAGGAGCUUAUCUGUUUUAUCUUUUGUGUGGAAGCUAUGGCCUGAUUAGCUCUGAACAUUGUGGAUAGCUUUAUUUUGUGUAACAGUGAUGGGUCCUUGCUAAAUGUAUUACUUUAAUAUCUCCUUUUGUUUUGCUUGCUGUGUUCCUGGAUAAUAAUGAGGACCUUUGGGAAAACUGUUAUUGUACUGUGUACUCCAGAAGCCAAGUCUAGACAGCAGAUGGUAUAUGUAGCAUUUGUCUCCCAAGCUCUUCAAGGUUCCUUCUGGCUGAAGAUAAGGACAAGCUACAGCUAUUCUGGUAGGGUGCUUUCUCUCUGUGGUCACUGCUAUUCUAGAAGAGGAGGAGGUAGAGAAAACUGAAUUGGAAUUGUAAACUUCAGGGACUUGAGGAUUGACCUUUUAAACAGUCUUGGCCAUGAUCUUAAAUCUAGAAGUAUACAUUAAAGUAGGAAAGAUGAAUUGGCUUUACUGCUUCUCUUAAGCUUUCCAACUGCCAGCUAACUUACUGUGUCUGUGAAAGGGCCUGGACACCAACGUUACCAUGCUUCUGUGAAAGACCCUUUAGAUUGUGGAAUUUGAGGUAGUGUAUUUUUAUCAUUCUCUUUUAAGCAGUAGUUCCUGUGAUUAGUGCAUAUAUAGACUGAUGGGGGAAUACUUAGCAGUUAUGUGGCAUUGUUGCAUUCAUGGCUAGGUCAUGCCUAACUCUGAGAAGACAAAAGAGAAGAACAUGCCUAUUGCCAUUUAGUUUUAUCUUGGUCUUGAUAUGAACUGUUUGCUGUCAAAGUUCAGACAGCACAGAAGGACCUUUUUUUUCAGUUUAAGAGUUAAAAUUAAAAAAAACCCCACAGUUACAGGUGAUGAUAAUGUGAUGUUGUCAGCUUUUCUAAAUUUUGGGUUUGGUUUGGUCUCUUCAAGGUCAGCAAGAUUCAGGUAUUAUCCCUUCUUUGUUGGAGCCAUACUAGCUACCAGAUGGGCACACAUGCUGUCUCCACUGCCUGAGGGGAUCCCACCCACUAAAGUGUUUAGUUUGUAAGCCUUUCCACUCCUCAUGCCUGCAGAGGUCUGGAAAUUUGCCACUUGGAAAACGAUACAGGGCUAGCAUUACACCAAAGUUCUUCUGUUCCUCACCCAAGCAUGUCUCCCAGUGUUCAGGGCAUGGCUGUGGUGGUCUCUGAGCCCAACAGCUCCUUGGUUCCAGCUGAAAGUCAGAACAGGAACACUUUUCUGUUGUGUUAAAGGCCAGGGAGUUCAAAAGGAAGAUACCCUGCACAUUUUCUUCUGCAUUACCUGUCUGCAGAUUGUGUAGCAGAAGGAUAUUUUGAGUGGUUAGUGAACAUGUAUAUGGACUAUGGAGCUCAUGGCCCUGAAGAAAAGUGUGGAUGUGUGUUGUAAUGGAGCUCAAGGCAGCCUGCUGCUUUCCAGCAAUGUGUUCCAGCCUGGUGGGCUCUGAUGAGAUACGUUGCCAUUGUUGUAUCAGGCACCGAUGUGUCUUCCCUGACUGCACUGUACUGCAACCUGGCAGCAAGGUUUUGAGUGGAUUUUCUUUUGGGUUAUGAGUAAAUGAUGAGAAAUAUGUCCUUCAGGGUAUUUUCUUAAGCAGAAUAACAUGUGUGCAGACCUUUUCCUGACACAGGCUGGAAAGUGGCAGAUGUUCAAGUGCAGGUUUUUGGUCAGCAUGCCAUGAAUGUCUGUGUCUGUGUUUUCCUAGUUCAAUGGCUGAUAGUGUCAACAGAAUUGGGUGAUUUUGGUAAAGUAUGCAACUUUUUAGGCUGGAUGGUUUUGUUGCUACCUGACUAGUCGUUUUCUUGGAAGAAAUGUUCUGUAUGGCUUGCAGAGAAUGUUUUGUAGUUGCACUACAUCUCAAAAUGUAUAUGUGUUAUUUUUUUAAGUAGCAAAAUCAAUUGUACCUAGUGUGGUGAUGUAUCUAGGAUGUUGUUUUAGUUUAUCAACAAUUCCACUAUUUGUCGCUAGAUGGUGCUUCAAGCACAGCUGUUUGUCCUUAGCUGGCAUCUAUGGUUGAGAGGGUUUUGGUGUUUGAAAGGAGGAAGAGUAUGUUACAGAUGGAGAUAAAUUCAGUUGAAUUCUGUUGCAAGUAAAUGUAAAUCAGUUGCCAUUAACGUUAGGACUUGGCACUGAAACUUGCUAAGUUCAUUCUGUUACCAUGUAUGCUGUACUAGUUGCAACCACUUGCUCAAAGUUGUUUUUUAAAACAUUAGUGCACAGCAGGAGUUAAGUUGUGCUAGGUUGUUCACCAUUUGUCUGGAUUGCAUUUUAAAUUAUUUUCUUCAGCUUGACACUUGUAAAAAAACUUGAUUCCAUGUCAUUAGCCUGAACAUAGUGUGAGGAGGUACAGGAGAAUGUUCUGAAUAUCGAGUCCUAUGGGUGCUGAAUUGUGCAGUGUGGCAAACAAGAAUUGCUUGUUAGCUGGCGUUUCACCUCUACCUGGUCUUGCUUGGCUUCCGUUUCCUACGUUUUUCUAUACAUCAGGCUACCAGUAGUCAUGGGUAACCUUUUGGUGGUCUGAUCUUUUUUCAUUUACCAAAUGGGAUGUUGCAAAGAAAGAAAACAGGCUUCCUUGAAAUGUGAGAAGUUAGCAUUCUUCUUCCUGCGUGUGUGAUUAUUUUUAUCAGCAUCACUUCUGUUGAGUAAUCUAACUUCUACCAAUUACUGUGGUGGUUUCAAAUGGAUACAUGCCAAAUUAUUUAGACUUGGUAAAAUGCUGAAGUAAUAGCCUGUACAGAGCAUGUUGUGGUCUGUAGCUUAAAUAUGUGUUCUUAGGGAUUCUAUAAUGUUGUAGAAUGUUGCUUUCUAUAAUGUUGUAGAAUUUGUAAAAUUGCCUGUUGUAGCUUUUAAAACAGCUUUUAAAUAAUUUAAUAGACUAUAAUGGCUUAUAUAUUCAGCUCAGAUGGUGCAACUUUUUACUUACACUAGAGUACACGACAUCACCUGUAAUAGUAGUAGAGAUCUGAGCCAGGACUGUGUUUUGCUAGGCCAAAGUCAGCCAGUGUUAUCUGCUGUGGAGUGAAGCUGGGAUUGUCCUCCUGAGAUACUGCCUUUUCUGUUGCUUGUCUGGUACACAUACUGUUCCUGGAGGAUAUCACGGGGUUAGUAUGUUAAUUCGUUGCUUUCUGUCAACAGUAAUUGAGAGAGCUGGAAACAAAAGCUGGGUCUCUUAUUUUAUCAGCUUCGUGUUAGUAGGUACAUGUGUUCUAUGGUAGGUAUUGAGGUCACAACUUAGAGGCUUGCUUUAAGGAGCUUAACUGCUGAUGUCCCACCACAAUAGAAAGUCAGAUUUUUGAAGGCUUUGGCUCCCUUUGAAAAAAAUAACUGGUCAACAGGUUCUUUUCAAAGUCUAUCUUUUUGUAGUUUCAUUUUGCUAGAAAGCUGUUCCUGUUUUAUUAAACAAAGCUUUAUCGUAGUUUUAAAGCAGCAGAAGAAUGGUUGCAAAACUGUCAGAUAUGUGUGCACAUCCAGAUUUAUCCAACUUUGUAAACAUGAAAUAGGAGAAUCUGAGCUGAGUAAUUACAGAAAAAUAAACAGCACCAAUAAAACAGUGGAACAUACACAGUUUCUUCUAUUUUUUCAAGUACACAGCUGAAUUGGUUAUCUGCAGAUGAUUUUAAAUUAACAGUUGGGGAAUGCAAUAAACCUAAAGAGCAAUUUCCUCAUUGCAUAACAGCUGAAAAGGCAUUUCCAUAUGAAGGAAUGUUUCUUACAUUUCUAUAGAUGUACAGACUCUGUUGCAUGAUGUCUUUUCUGACAAAGGAUUUACUUUAAGUGGUGAUUGAUUGCAGAUAAUGCAUCUAACUGAAGAGUAUGGAACAUGCCUCUUUAGUGGUAUUGACAGCUGUUGUAACUGAAUAUCUUAGUCUUUCUAAGCUGGUUCGUAUCACUUCAUGGAUGUUCACAAAUGUAGUCGGAAGAGAUCUGGAAGCCAAAUCUCAGGUUGCAUGGAAAAGCUUCGUUUAGGAUUUGACAACCGAAGUGAUUCCUACGGUCAAGUUCUAAGGUGAAAACAGUAGUUUAUCAUCAGUCAGAACAGUUGUCUGCGGGUUAUUAGGGAACACAUAAAUUAAAAGGAGUGCCUGCAGAGCUCCUCUGUGUUCUUAGGCCCACCCACAAAGCUCCUGAUCUGGUUUGCUUAGUUUAAACUCCUGUGCCCAAGUAAAGACACAUACAAAAGGUUGUAAAACCACAUUUACUUUGCAUUUCUGCAGUCUUUUCUUGUUUGGAGCACAAGAGGGGCAGUAAUCGAAAGAAGGAGCUGAAAGAAGCGGGGUGUUUACUUUCUCAGUCUGACUGUUCACCUGAGAUACAAAUCUAAAAGCAUUCACAGAAAAACAUAUUAAUGUCCUGAGUAAGAUAUUUAACUUCUCUUUGCAGCUGGAUAGGUAAGGACUUUUAAAUUUGAAAACUGAAUACUUGCAUUACUCUUGAUGACUAUUUAGGAAGUUGAUUAAAUGGGUACAAUAGCUGUUAACACACAUUAUUUUAGUUAGCUGAUUACAUUUUUUUUUUCAUGGUCAUGGUGUUUGAAUCUGCCUUUUCCUGUGUAGUCAGUAACAGUAGCUGAAAUGAGAAUUGAUCAAGAUGGCAGAUGCAUGAUAAUGCUGUGUGGGUGUCUUCUGGAAUAAGCAUGCCAUAAAGUUGGAGAGGAAAGGAAUAAUAUGAGAGGUGUAAAGAUAAUGAACAGCUACAGCAGCAUCCAGAGGUGUUGCAGAGUGGCUUGUCUAGGUUGUGCAAACGGUUUUCAAUGAAAUGCAGUAACUUUUGGAAAAGCAGAAUGUGACUCUUCUGAUUGGUUAGGGAAACCUUUCUGGUGUCGGUGCCGUGAGAACACAGCUGCCCAUGCUGAUAACCUACACUCCUGGUUUGGGAUUCUAGCAGUGCUGUGAUCACUUGCGUUUAAGAGCAUUAAGUCAUCUUAUCUAAAACUGCAGGAUUCAGCUAAUGAACAUGAGGUAUAAUCCACUGAACAAGUAGCCUGAACUUGCUGAAUUUUAUCCUUUCUUUAUGUUAUCAUCACUUGUGCUGUAGUACAGAGGGGGUAAUUACAAGAAAUUAACUUUCAUUUCAGUUAAGUUUUUUUCAAACACAAUCUGAACUUGAAAUUUUAUUGCUGACAAGGAGGGGGCUCCCCUAGGAUGCAGUAGCCUAUACACUGAAGAAACUAAGUCCUUCUAUAUUUCAGUUAGUGCCAAGUCAGCUCUGAGGCUAAUUAAUCAAAACAAAUUUACAAUUAAGCCCAGGAAGGAAAACUAAUUAAGUAGCCAGUUGAGAAAAAGUGCUGAAGGAAGGAGCAACCUUAAGGGGAAUGUAUGAGACUCCCAGUAUUGGCCCAUGAAGGACAAUUAAGUGAUAAUUGCAGAGGCCUUUUGUAUCCAGCAAAUGUUCUCUGACUUUUAUUAUGGCUGAUUUUCUUCAUAUUGGCUGUUGAGCAACUAAGCUUUACUGUGCCCUCUUAAGGUAAUUCAUAGGUAAAGCACAGAGGUCGCUGUAGGAAUAAAUUAGAACACAGCUGCUAGACUUGAACAGUCUUUUAGCUUGCAAGAAAGCCCCACUGUAUUUUCUCACUCAGAAGUGAUGCAGAGCUUCCUUUGGCCACCAUUCUUUGAAAGACUUUUGUGCAGUUUUAAUCCCAAGAAGGUCGUUUUAGGAUGUCACUGGCAAAGCAUUUGUUAUCAUCACCUGUGAUUUUCCAGACUUCAGAAUCAGAACUGAGACUGCCUCAGGCCGGCAUGGUUGCCCUUGAGCCUCAUCCAUCUGUGGAGGCUGGCUCUGCAGUGCUGGAGGAAUCCGUCCCAGCACCAUUCACCCUGGCCAGACCUAUCCCAGAGCAUCAUAGCAUUGUGCUUUUUGCUCGUCUUGCAGCACUAGUUCAGCGUGCUGGUGACUUCCUUUGCCUUGGCACGAUCUUGCCGUGGAUCUGCCAUCACGUGGGCACCACGCCGUACCCAGAUUUUGGAUUAGAGGCUACUCCAGGCAUUCACCUACUCUUACAUCUCUCUCACUCUUGCCACUGGGAAUGCUGCUUGGCACCAGCUGGUUUUUGCACAGAGGUCUAGCAUGGCAGUGUGUCCAUUGCUGCAGAUAAGGAUGUGGAUGCAUAUGCCCUCUCACACCCCAUUGCUGCCUGAUUUUCCUGGUAAAUGCCAAGA